GGACAAACAUUCCGAGAGUCUGUCUUCAUGACUGUUCGCCAGUCGCGUCUCUUCUCAAUCGUCACUUGGAUGUCCAGUCCAUCAAGAACAUCACACACUGAUUGUCACUUGGACCUGUGAUCGAUCUCGCUGAAUUUUCAAUUUAUCGAAGAGUGUCAAUAACGAUGUUGUUUCUUUCGGCGAUAAUAUUGCUGCUGGCGAGCGACGGAAUUUCAGCGCAAUGUCUGGUAGGAAACGACAUACCGUCGAUGAUGGACCGGAUGUCCAUGAUAUUUCUGAAGGAAGCGCGCAUCGACUUCGCGCUCGACAGUCUGAAGAAAGCCGCGCUGAUCGAAUCAAAUGACAACAUCUUCUUCAGUCCGCAUAGUAUCAAUCAGGCUCUGACUGUAGCGUACUUCGGAGCGCGGGGAACCACCGAACAAUCUCUCAAGGAGGCCCUACGAAUACCCGAACAGCUCUCGAAAGCCGAGGUGCAACGCUCCUACGGCUACGAGAGAUCACUCAGACAGACACGUUCUCAGAACACCGAGAAUUCUUACGAAUACAACGUCGCCAACAAGUUCUGGAUCACGAACGCCAGAAAGCUGCGCGAGUGCAUGCUCGAUUUCUUCGGCGACGAGCUGGAGGUGACCGAUUUCCGCACGAAUCCCGCCAACGUGCAGACUUACAUCAACAACUGGAUCAGCAACAUAACGAAGGGCCACAUUCACGAUCUCCUCCCGCCGGGCGCGAUCACCGCGGACACCGAUCUCGUUCUGACGAACGCGGUCUACUUCAAGGGCAAGUGGUCACAGCGCUUCGACCCCAAGGAUUCCACGCGCGAGAUAUUCUACUCGUCCAGCACGCAAAUGUCUAUCACCACCUUCAUGAAUCAGAUAGGGAACUUCAAUUACAGUAUCUCUGAGGAAUUGGGUGCGUACAUCCUUGAGCUCCCCUACGUGGGCGACGAGAUAUCGAUGUUCGUGUUGCUGCCGCCGUUUAGAGUUCUGUCUCGUCAGAAUUCCGAGCCCGGCACGCAGGACAACAUUCUCCGGUUAGUGGAACGAUUAGCUACGAAGAAAGGAACCCAGGAACUUCGCGAGAUCAUGGACAACGGAAUGACGCGAGAGGUCAACGUGAAUCUGCCGCGUUUCGAGGUAGAAAAGGAGCUGCCGAUCGGUCAGAUGCUGCACGCUCUGGGCGCCGGCGAGCUGUUGGCGCCCAGCGCGGCCGAUCUGCGCGGCUUUGUUGCCGAUGGCGAGAAGAGUGUGCACCUCGGUGACGCGGUGCAUCGCGCCCGCAUCGAAGUCACAGAAGAGGGUACGACCGCGGCCGCGGCCACCGCGCUCUUUUCCUUCCGCUCGAGUCGGCCGAACGAGCCCGUGGUCUUUAACGCCAAUCAUCCAUUCGUUUAUCUGAUCUACGAUAAGCAUUCUAACACGAUUCUUUUCACCGGCAUCUUCCGCAAGCCCGCUGCGUCAAAUUCCGAACCGUCGGUUUAGAUCGAUUGUCAAAGAAAUCACAUUUGUUAAAGAUUGAGCCGCACAAAAGCAAAGUUUGAUCGCUCGACGGAGAGACGAACCAAAUUUGGUGACGACUUCAUGAUGUUUUUAUGGUAAUUACUGAACAUAUUGUAUAAAGACACGCAUAACUAGUUUCACACAUUCGCUAUACUUCGAAGUAUUAAAAUAAGAAUCUCGCGUCCUCCGAGAAAUUUUCGAUACGAAUUUGUUCCGCGUGAAUCUCAUUUUUUUUAUCUCGCACACACCAUACACACACACGCACACGCAUUUAAUCGAGAUUUCUGAUGUAACAUUAGGUUAUAUACAUAUACAUAUAUAUAUAUAUAUAUAUAUAUACAUAUAGUUUACGUAGUGUAUGUCUGUAUUGUAUAAAUAAGUGAGCGAAAGCGAGUGUGAAGUAUCGUUUUUUUGUUUUGCAAGAGAAAAAAGAAACAACGAUAGAAAUUGGAAUUGUUCGAAUUGAUUUCGAAUAGUUUUGCAUCAGUUAUCUUCUCUGAAAAGAAGAUUUUGUAAUAUUUUGUAAAAUUCGGAAUAAUUUCUAAAAGAUAGACAGGUUUUGUGUACAUAAACUCGUUCGUAAGUUUGUUGAAUACAAGCAAGUGCAAUUACUUGCUCGCAUAAUAAAUUAAUACAAUGUGAUUUAUGUAGUGAGAGAAAGAUAAUGACGAAACAAAAUGAAUAUAUUAAACAUG